AUGCUCCAGCCGACCACGCCGACCAAGCCAGCGACCAACUCUCGCGCUCCUACGCCCAGCUGGACCAAGGCCGACUUUGUUCCCUUCAGUCCCGUUCGCACAACGACUUCGACCGACUCUUCGCCCGUAAAAUCAUUCUCGCCGCCCGGUCCGACGCAGCGACGGACGAAGGAAGAGAUCGAGCGGAAGAAGGAGGAGGCAAUGCAGCGGCUCAAGGCCAAGGCGGAGGAGAAGAAGCGCCUGGAGCGACAGAAGAAGCGCGAGCAGCUCGCCGCGCAGUCGCUCUCCAAGUUCGGCUUCAAGAUCACCGUGGCGAGCGCCGGCAUUUCGCGCUACGGGACGGGCAAGGGCGGCGUCAAGAAGGUGGAACCCGACGCUCGCUCGCCUUCGCCUCAGAAGCCGAAGGAGUGGGCGCCGGACGAGCGGUGCUCGGACGAACAGCGGGCCGUCCUCGAGCAGGUCAAGGCGGGCGGCAACGUCUUCUUCACCGGUUCCGCUGGUGUCGGCAAGUCGUUCCUGCUCAAGGAGGUGACGCGGCUGCUCGACUACCUCGAACGACCGUACCAGGUCACGGCGACGACGGGAAUCGCCGCCCUCCAGAUCAGCGGCAUCACGAUUCAUUCGUUCGCCGGCAUCGGGCUCGGCAAGGAGGCGAUCAACGUCCUGUACGACCGCAUCAAGCGCUCGAAGGAGAAGGAGAAGGUCUGGCUGCACACUCGAUGCCUGAUCAUCGACGAGGUAUCCAUGUCGCCGGCCGACCUCUUUACCAAGCUCAACAUUCUCGGCAAGCUCAUCCGCAAGAGCAACUUGCCUUUCGGCGGCAUGCAGCUCAUCGUCUCGGGCGACUUCUUCCAGCUCCCGCCCGUUCCCGAAGCCUUCUCCGACAUGCGAUGCAUGCGAUGCGACCACACCCACCUGACCAAGGUCGACCUGCACGAUGCCUGCGUCCCGUACGAAGAGCGCGCCAAAGGCGUCCCACCGGCCGACAUCAUGCGCUGCACCGACAUCGUCAAGCGCGACGGCGGCAUCAUUGCAGGCUGCGGCUUCGAGCGGAGGAUCCGGCGGUUCGCGUUCGAGACGGAGGCUUGGGCGGAGUGCAACUUCCUCGUCAUGGAGCUUACGAAGGUUUUCCGUCAAGAUCAUCCUGUCUUCAUCGCCACACUUGAGAAGAUCCGUCGCGGCAUCUGCGACGACGAGUGCACGCGCUUUCUCGCAAAUUGCGGAGCAGAACUCGGCAAAGGCGGCAACAUCGACAUUCAGCCGACAAAUCUCUACCCGCUCCGUAAAGCUGUCGACGACGAGAACCGGCGCGAGUUCGAGAAGCUCAAGGAGCAGGCGUAUACCUUCCAAGCUCUCGACGACUCGCGCGGUGCCUACGCCGAGUCCGUUCUGGGCGAGCGGCUCGCCAACGUCCCGCCGAGCAAGACUCUACAGCUGAAGAAGGGAGCGCAGGUCCUCCUCUUGGCCAACCUCGACGUGAAGAACGGUCUUGUGAACGGGUCUCGCGGCGUCAUCGUCGACUGGGUCGACCGAGACGCCGUCCCUCUCGACAGCGAUUCUGACGAGCCCGUCUGGCCGGGACAGACGCAGCGGAAGAAGAGUGCUGGCGGAGGGAUGUUUGGAGGCGAGGAAUGGCGGGAGAAGGCGGCCGAGUUGUGGGCGGACAAGCAGGAGGUCGAGGUGUUCCCGCUCGUCUACUUUGCUACGGGCCGGCAGCUCAUCAUCCGCCCGCACACCUGGUGCAUCGACAUCGACAAGCACAACACGGUCGCUCGUACGCAGUUGCCGCUCCAAUUGGCGUGGGCUUUGACGAUCCACAAGUCGCAAGGACAGUCACUCGACGCGGUCGGUGUCCGUUUGACCUCGACGUUCGAGAAGGGCCAAGCGUAUGUCGCUCUGUCGCGAUGCCGCAAGCCGGAAGGGAUGAAGAUCGACGGAUUCCGACCAGGCGUCGUGAUGGCUCAUCCAGUCGUUACUAUCUUCUAUGACUGCAUCAAGAACAAGACGCCUUUCUUCAUCACAGCGGUCCCGCCCGUCAACCCGCUCGACUUCGUCCCGGAUUUCGACCCACUCGUCGACAAGCUCAGUCGCAUCUUCGGUCGACCAACCGGUCCCAUUCCGCCCGGCUCAGCUGUUCUCGCUCCGGGGCAGAAGAAGCCGGCGCAAACGUACGUCAACCCAGGAGCACAACUCGUCGCGCCACCGCCACCUCGAGUCGGCUGGAAGGAACUCCUCGCUCAGGCGGCCGACGCUUUCAUCGGGGCCGGCGGCUGCGCCUCGGCGACCGACUGGAAGGACAUCGACGUCAACAAGCCCGGCUUUGACGAUGCGAGCGUCUUCACGGCUGAGGCAUACCGCGUGAUCAGCCACGCGACGCGGCGGAAGAGGAAGAGCAGCAAUUCGGCGCCGCCUGCUUCCGAGGUCGAUUCUGACUCGACAGGCAACGACACUCUGGACAGUAUCGCCAUUGACGGUGUCAAGCAGGAGAGGACAGGCGGGGCGGGUGACGGAGGGAAGGGCAAGAAGGCAAAGAGGAAGCGUCCGAGGAAGCGGGUCGGGCACUAG